GAGACAGUGAGAGAGGGAACACAAGCAGGGGGAGUGAGAGAGGGAGAAGCAGGCUUCCUGCGGAGCAGGGAGCCCGAUGCGGGGCUCGAUCCCAGGACCCUGGGAUCAUGACCUGAGCCAAAGGCAGACGCUUAACAACCGAGCCACCCAGGCACCCAAGAGGGACUUUAAUCGCCUUUCCAACCAGGGCCUGGCAGAAUGGCUCCUGAGAAGAAGGGUGGCGAGAAGAAGGGCCGUUCUGCCAUCGACGAGGUAGUGACCAGAGAAUACACCAUCAACAUUCACAAGCACAUCCAUGGAGUGGGUGUCAAGAAGCGUGCCCCUCGGGCACUCAGAGAGAUCUGGAAAUUUGCCACGAAGGAGAUGGGAACUCCAGGUGUGCGCAUUGACACCAGGCUCAAGAAAGCUGUCUGGGCCAAAGGAAUAAGGAAUGUUCCAUACCAUAUCCGUGUGCGGUUGUCCAGAAAACAUAACGAGGAUGAAGAUUCACCAAACAAGCUCUACACACUGGUUACCUAUGUACCUGUCACGGCUUUCAAAAAUCUAUAGACAGUUAAUGUGGAUGAGAACUAAUCGCUGAUUGUCAAAUAAAGGUAUAAAACUGCAAAAAAAAAAAAAA